AUGGGCUGGAUUAAUUAUAUUCCGAAAGACGCAGCAUCCACACGCACAAGGACGCAGCAUCCACAAGGUCAAGGACGCAGCAUCCACAAGGUCAAGGACGCAGCAUCCACAAGGACAAGGACGCACUAUCCACAAGAUCCACAAGGACAAGGACGCACUAUCCACAAGAUCCACAAGGACAAGGACGCAGCAUCCACAAGGACAAGGGCGCAGCAUCCACAAGGACAAGGCCGCAGCAUCCACAAGGACAAGGACGCAGCAUCCACAAGGACAAGGAGGCACCAUCCACAAGGACAAGGACGCACCAUCCACAAGGACAAGGACGCAGCAUCCACAAGACAAGGACGCAGCAUCCACAAGGUCAAGGACGCAGCAUCCACAAGGACAAGGACGCAGCAUCCACAAGGACAAGGACGCAACAUCUACAAGAUCCACAAGGACAAGGACGCAGCAUCCACAAGGACAAGGAGGCACCAUCCACAAGGACAAGGACGCAGCAUCCACAAGACAAGGACGCAGCAUCCACAAGGUCAAGGACGCAGCAUCCACAAGGACAAGCAGAUCCACAAGGAUAAGGACGCAGCAUCCACAAGGACAAGGACGCAGCAUCCACAAGGACAAGGACGCAGCAUCCACAAGGACAAGGACGCAGCAUCCACAAGACAAGGACGCAGCAUCCACAAGGUCAAGGACGCACCAUCCACAAGGACAAGGACGCAACAUCGACAAGGACAAGGACGCACCAUCCACAAGGAAAAGGACGCAGCAUCCACAAGGACAAGGACGCAGCAUCCACAAGGACAAGGACGCAGCAUCCACAAGGACGCACCAUCCACAAGGACAUGGACGCAGCAUCCACAAGGACAAGGACGCAGCAUCCACAAGGACAAGGGCGCAGCAUCCACAAGGACAAGGACGCAGCAUCCAAAAGGACAAGGACGCAGCAUCCACAAGACAAGGACGCAGCAUCCACAAGGACAAGGACGCACUAUCCAAAAGAUCCACAAGGAUAAGGACGCAGCAUCCACAAGGACAAGGACGCAGCAUCCACAAGGACAAGGGCGCAGCAUCCACAAGGAAAAGGACGCAGCAUCCACAAAGACAAGGACGCAGCAUCCACAAGGACAAGGACGCAGCAUCCACAAAGACAAGGACGCAGCAUCCACAAGGACAAGGACGCAGCAUCCACAAGGACAAGGACGCAGCAUCCACAAGGACAAGGACGCAGCAUCCACAAGGACAAGGGCGCAGCAUCCACAAGGACAAGGACGCAGCAUCCAAAAGGACAAGGACGCAGCAUCCACAAGACAAGGACGCAGCAUCCACAAGGACAAGGACGCACUAUCCAAAAGAUCCACAAGGAUAAGGACGCAGCAUCCACAAGGACAAGGACGCAGCAUCCACAAGGACAAGGGCGCAGCAUCCACAAGGAAAAGGACGCAGCAUCCACAAAGACAAGGACGCAGCAUCCACAAGGACAAGGACGCAGCAUCCACAAUGACAAGGACGCAGCAUCCACAAGGACAAGGACGCAGCAUCCACAAGGACAAGGGCGCAGCAUCCACAAGGACAAGGACGCAGCAUCCACAAGGACAAGGACGCACUAUCCAAAAGAUCCACAAGGAUAAGGACGCAGCAUCCACAAGGACAAGGACGCAGCAUCCACAAGGACAAGGGCGCAGCAUCCACAAGGAAAAGGACGCAGCAUCCACAAAGACAAGGACGCAGCAUCCACAAGGACAAGGACGCAGCAUCCACAAAGACAAGGACGCAGCAUCCACAAGGACAAGGACGCAGCAUCCACAAGGACAAGGACGCAGCAUCCACAAGGACAAGGACGCAGCAUCCACAAGGACAAGGACGCAGCAUCCACAAGGACAAGGACGCAGGAAUAACGAUAACAAAAGACUGGACAUCAACGAGGCCCCACACAUCAAAAAACGUAGUAAGAAAAGAAAAUUGAGUUACCGAACUCCGGCUCAUCCACAAGGACAAGGACGCAGCAUCCACAAGGACAAGGACGCAGCAUCCACAAGGACGCAGCAUCUACAAGGACGCAGCAUCCACAAGGACGCAGCAUCCACAAGGAAGCAGCAUCCACAAGGACAAGGACGCAGCAUCCACAAGGACGCAGCAUCCACAAGGACAAGGACGCAGCAUCCACAAGGACAAGGACGCACCAUCCACAAUGACAAGGACGCAGCAUCCACAAGGACAAGGACGCAGCAUCCACAAGGACAAGGACGCAGCAUCCACAGUGACAAGGACGCAGCAUCCACAGUGACAAGGACGCAGCAUCCACAAGGACGCAGCAUCCACAAGGACAAGGACGCAGCAUCCACAAGGACGCAGCAUCCACAAAGACGCAGCAUCCACAAAGACGCAGCAUCCACAAGGACAAGGACGCACCAUCCACAAUGA